AUGUCCUCCCAGCCGGCCGCGAACGCAGCUACGACCGGCAUCUCCAAGUCGGCGGCCAAGAAGCGGGCCAAGAAGGCUGCAAAGGCCCUCGCUGCUAGCAGAGAGGGUUCCGCUGCUGCUGGCGCUGCUGCCAGCGACGACUUUGCCUCUGCUCCAUCGUCUGCACUCGACGCCAAGCUGGCCUUCUCUGCCGCCGCAGGACCAUAUCCCGACGCCGCCAGCUUCAACUACUACGACGACGCUGCCGACGCUCACCUCCACCCCGCCACUGCAGGCUUAGUCUCCUCUGGUCCCCGACAGGAUCAGUUCAGCUUUGCCUCGUACGCCUUCGGCGACCGCAACCUUGUUCCCCAGGCGAACGGCAGCCCCUUUGGUGGCUUGUCACAGUCCAUCAACAUCACGCACGAAGACCUUCUCGAGACCGCGAACGAGCUCUGGAAAAGAAUGGGCGAGACUGCCUACGGCGAGGACGACCCAUACUGGUCGUCGUUGCCGCCCCAUGUGCGCCAGUUCAUCCGCGAGGCGAUCCCUUUCAAUGGGCUCAGCAACACGUCGAAUGAUCCGCAGGCGACUCAAAAGGACCUCUACGCCAUGGCUCAACGCAUAGUGCAUGCUGCGAGCCAAGGUAUGGGGCUCCAGGGCGUCGGUUCCAACUUAUUAUCACAGGUGAACGGACGCGCCUCUCAUCUUCAGCCGAGUAUCGCGGAGGACCUCGGGUUCCACCGACACCCUGAUGCCGCCGCCGGUCAGGAAGACGACUUUGAAGACGAGGAGGAGUUUGAGGAGGAGCACGACUUCCAUGUUCAACCCAACGGCGACACUGCGCCUAAAAAGAAGAACAAAAAGAAGAAGAAAAAGAACACCUCGAGUGCGAACCACAGCGACCCUCCCCCGGCUGCGCUGCCACCCCCGGCCGUGCGACAACCGCCGCGACAACCUGUGCCCCCACAACCUCCUGUGCAACAACCUUCUCUCAACCCCCCACCCCCUCCAGUCACACCGGUACCGACUCAACCCCCUCCGAGUUCUCGCGCAGCCGGCAAGCAACCCAUGACCCACGCUCCUGCACCGACAGCCAACCCGGUUCCACGGUCUGUGCGUGCCGCUGGCAAGGCUCCUGUCUCUGCAUCGGCGCACACGCACCACCACGCCCAUGCCCCGUCAAGCAAGUCGGUCGGCAAAGGCAAGGCUGCCGCAAGCCAGGCGCCAACGAAAGUGUGGCAAACGGCAUCGGCAGAGGAGCGCGAGCACAUUACGGAGUUCUGGCUUGGUCUCAGUGAUGCUGAGCGGCGCGAUCUGCUGCAGAUCGAGAAGGACGCCGUGCUGCGCCGCAUGAAGGAGCAGCAACGUCAUUCAUGCAGUUGCGCAGUCUGCGGAAGGAAGAAGGUCAACAUCGAGAAGGAGCUCGACCAGCUGUACGAGCAGUACUACGAGGAAUUGGAGCGGUACACAGCCCUCCAGCGCAACUCUACAAGGCACCCCGAUUGUCCGCCUCCACCGGGCGCCGGGCCGUUCCCUGGCAGCGUCGAACUCGACCCGAGCGGCCAGCUUCUCAAGUUCGAUCACCUCGCGCCUAAUCCCGCACAUCAGCAUAAUCUCGAUAGCAGCGACGAGUAUGACGACGAGGACUACGACGACGAGGACGAAGAUCUGGACGAUGACGACAUUGCAAGCGACGAUGUCGAAGUUGACUUCCCACUGCGCAAGGGAGGAUCCAAGCCGCUCGGCCCGAAGGGCGAUACGGGUGACGACUUCUUUGGAUUCGGAUCUUCACUUGCGACCAUCAAGGGAAUUAUCACGGUUGCCGACGAUCUACUGAAGAACGACGGCAUGAAGUUCCUGGAGAUGAUGGAGCAACUCGCCGUCAAGCGCGUCGCCCGCGAGGAGCUCAACAUUCGCGAGCUGCAGAACCUGGACAUUAACGAUGUUCAGGAGGAGACCGACGAGGACGAUGACGAUGAUGACAUCUCCGAGUCGCAGCGCGUGAAUGAGGGGCGCCGGAUGUUCGCCAUCUUUGCCGCCCGCAUCGCCCAGAAGCAGCGACAGGACGAGGAGCGCGCAGCCCGUGAGGCCGCUCUCGCCGAGGAGCAGCGUUUGGCGAAACUCAAGGCUCAGGAAGAUGCUCGCGAGCGUCAACGCAAGCAAGAGGAGGAACGCCAGCGCCGCGAGGCCGUCAAGCGUGCAGCCCAGGAAGAGGCUGCUCGCAAGGAGGCUGAACGCAAGAAGCGCCAGGAAGAGCAACGCGCCCGCGAGGAAGAGGCCGCUCGCAAGACACGCGAACGCGAAGAGAAGGCCCGUAAGGAGCGCGAAGCUCGCGAGCGCGAGGCGAAGGAGAAGGAACGCCGUGAAAAGGAGGAGAAGGAGCGCAUCGCCAAAGAGCGCGCCGAGAAGGAGCGUGCCGCCAAGGAGGCCCGCGAGAGGGCCGAGAAGGAGAGGCAAGCCAAGCUUGAGGAGGAGCGACAGGAGAAGCAGCGUCGUGAGGAGGCCGCCCGUCGCGAGCGUGACGCCGCUGAGCAGAAGAAGAUUCUUGCUGCCCAGCAGGCUGCUCGCGAGAAGGCCGCUGCCGAUAAGGCGGCGGCCGAGAAGAGCGCGAAGGCCGCCCGCGAGAAGACUGCUGCUGCGUCUGUUCGUCCUCCUCAGGCUGGCAAGGCCAGCACGACUCCUGCGACACCUGCUGGACGCAACGGACCCACUCCUCCUGGCCUCCUCUCCUCGCCGCCGACUCCCGGUGCCGGCCGUGGACCUCCCGUCCGCAGCGCCCCUCCCAAGACCCCUCAAGGCUUUUACUCGGCGCCUGGCAGCCAGCCGGUCCCCAUGGCAAGCUACGGCUCCCGCCCUCCUGCGCCCUACCCGACCUACGGACGACCGUCGUACCCCUCGCAGUCGCCUGUGUUCCCUGGCCCACAGGGCAACGGUGGCAUGAUUCACGGCGGGCCUCUGAAUGCUUCGCCCUCGACGUCUCGCUUUGGUGAGAGCUUUGACCAGUUUGAUGCUGGCCGCCCCGUCGGAUUCCCCGCCUCCAAGCCAUCUUCCCGCAGCCUGUCCACCGAGGAUCCCUUCCGCGCUCCUGGUGCGCCGGCGCCUCCUCCCAUCGGCCAGCGCUUGUCUUCGCAGCCUUCGCUGUUCGGCGACGAUCACGAGUUCUUCGGACCUGCCGACCCCAUCGGACCCCCUGGACCCAUCGGCAGCCGCGUGCCCUCGGGCUCUUUCGACCCUCCCGGCAUCUCGAUUCCAGGAAGCUCCGCCGCCCCCGGCGCUCCUGCUGGACCUCCCACUGGUGGUCCUAGCCCCGUCGGCACCGGUCGUGCGCCCUCGCCGCCUCCGCCCGGACAGGUUCUGGGCUCGGCCGCGCUCGGCGACGACGACGAGAUUGUCCAGCCCGCGCGCCGCAGCAACUCGUCGGGCUGGAAGAUGUCGGCACCCGGCGCCGGCCGGUGGUCGACUGCGCCACCGAACAUCUGGCAGAACAACUCGUGGGGCGGCGGCCCCGCACUCAGCCCCGUUGUGCCCGGCGUUCCGCCCGUCGGUGGCGUCGGCAGCCUCGGCGGCAUGGGUAACCGCUUCCCGAGCCCGUCUGCACCGAGCGUGCCGGGCUUGCCUGGCGGUGGACUCAGCCCAAUCGGGGCACCGCCCGGAGGCAGUGCGCUGUCUCCAGGGCCGCAGCAGCAGCAGCAGGCGCCUGACUUCCCUCCCGGCCUAGACAGGCGCUUCCAGGGCUUCCCGCAGGGCAGCUACGGCGUGUUCGGCCCUCCUGGAGGACACUAG